CCCAUCAUCCCUGUGACCAUGGAUAUUUCUAUAGGAUAAGCGGCGGACAGAUCUCCCUGGCGACACUUAUCUCUGUUCAUAGCCAAUGUGCUCAGACAUCAGGGCGAUAGUCCGGCCUCAUACACAUGGGAUUACUGGAUGAAGACUGCAGAUUUGGUCUACACUUAUUUAAUGAAUCCAUGAUGGACCCCAAUGACAUAAUGAUGGGAUUGUCAAGUUUUCAUUGUGGAAUCCUGGUGGGAGCAUUGUAAGACAGUAGUGCUGUGAUGACUAGUGAAAGAUGACCACCUUGAAGGACGCCUCUUCACCCCAGGACAAUGCCGCAGACAACACCACAGAAGAUGAGAUUGAAUUGCAGGAAAAACUCGAUUACUUUCCAGAAGACUUUAACCAGCUGGAUCUACUGGAAACCCACCGACACCUGAUCCCUACCGGGACCCAGAGUCUAUGGCCGGGGGAGUCUGAAGACGAUGAGGAGGAGAAGAGCGAGGACUGGUACCAGACCCAGGAGGAGAAUCUCAAGGAUGACCCCAAAGAGUUAAUACUUUUUGCUGCAGAAAAUAACAGACUGCAAACCGUCCAGAGGAUCCUCUCCAUGAACCCGGAUCUUGUGAAUGUCGCCGAUGAAGAUCAUUACACCCCACUGCACAGAGCCUCCUACAACGGUCACCUGGCGAUAGUGCGGAAGCUGAUCGCAAAGGGGGCGAACGUGCACGCGGUGACCCUAGACGGUUGGACCCCUCUACACAGCGCCUGCAAGUGGAAUAAUACGGCUGUUGCCUCCUUCCUGCUCCAGCACGGAGCCAACAUCAAUGCGCAGACUAUGGGCUCGCUGACUCCGCUGCAUCUGGCCGCAGCAAACCGGGACAGCCGACAGCUCCUGGAGCUGCUCCUCCUGAACCGCUACAUCAGGCCCCAGCUGACCAAUAAACUGGGAGAGACGGCUUACGAGAUCGCCCGGCGCACCGACAUCUACCAUUACCUGUUUGAGAUCGCAGAUUAUUGGACCUGACCUCUAUGUAGAUUCCUUUAUGUGAUGUCCAUGUGACAGGGUGGUAACUCCUAGUCUGUGUAUGUGUCUGGUGCUUUGCAUGCGCGUCCUAUGGGUAUGAUGAGGUGUGGGUAACCUGAGGGGGCUGUAAAAUAUGACAUGAACCCGUCCCUGUUAUGUGAUAUAUACCGCACGCAUACACUGGAGUGUUUCUUGUGUUUUUAUACUACGGAAAAGCUUCAUUUUAGCAGAUGUUGUUAUGUUUACGCUGUACAGACUACUUGUAGAACGUCAUAUAAUCUGGAGUUAUUUAGUUAAAGGGAAACUGACAGCAGAGUCACCCCCAAUAACCUGAAAAUACAGGUAGAUGCGGGUGACCCUGUUUCUUAUGCUUUUUACUGGGUGAAAAUUGGUGCAGCGGUUUAGGAGAUAUUGAACUUGUUGAUGUGGCUGCUGCUGUAUGUGCAAUGCUUAUUCCCGCCCUCUCCAGUGAUAACCCCGCCCCUUCAUGAAUAUUUACCCGUUGUUCCUAACUAGGUCUGUGAAGGGGGUGGAGUUAUCCCCAGGGCCGGACAUUGCAAACAGCAUCAGCCCGCCUCUAUUGCCCUUAAAGUGUACCUCUCAUGAUCUUGUUAAAUGUUAUAAUCCUCCCAGUUCUCUGCCCCCAUCAUGAUAAACCACCCCCUGCCUUUAUUUCUAUUUUUUAGUUUUCUACCUUGAUAUUGUUCUGUAUUCUCUGCUCAGUCUGUCAGAUUCACAGAUUGGGGAAGGGGCGUUCCCCAGCAAGUGUGACAUCAUCUGAAGCCAUACAGGGGAGAACUUCCUCCCUCACUCUGCUACACACAGCCCAGAGCAGUUCAGUGUGAAAUGAGCUAUGAUUGGCUAAGGCUGCACACACUUCCUCAGGACUCCAGACUGCAUUUCCUGAUGUUGGACUUCUGCCAGGCCAGCAGGAGUCUAAAGUCUGUGCAAAAGAUGGGGGGAAAUGUGCUCUGGACAAGUAGGGAGACACCUAGUGGCAGCUUUUUUUAAACACAAAUAAAACAUAGAAAACUUGAAUUUUUUUUCUUUU